UUGUUUUGCUGCGGGGUUUCCGGCCGAGCGGCGAGAGCGGGCCUGGCGGUGGCUUCGCGGGCCUUUACGCUGCCCGGGAGAGUAUGGAUAUUCUCAAGGCGGAGAUUGCGCGGAAGCGAAAGUUGCUGGAAGAGAAGGAGCUGCUGGCGGAAAAUAAAAAAUACUUCAAGCGUAGUGAACUAGCAAAGAAAGAAGAAGAGGCAUAUUUUCAAAGAUGUGGCUACAAGAUACAGCAGGAAGAGGAAGAGGAGGAGAAGGCAAUCACUUCAUCAAAUCCAGUGUUGGAGCUUGAAUUGGCAGAGGAGAAGUUGCCUAUGACUCUUUCUAGACAAGAGGUUAUUAGGCGGCUGAGAGAAAGGGGUGAGCCUAUCAGACUGUUUGGAGAAACUGAUUACGAUGCUUUCCAGCGGUUGCGGAAGAUAGAAAUUCUGGCUCCAGAAGUGAACAAGGGAUUGAGAAAUGAUCUGAAGGCUGCUUUGGAUAAAAUUGACCAGCAGUAUCUGAAUGAAAUUGUGGGUGGCCAGGAACAGGGAGAGGAUGAUACACAGAAUGAUCUUAAAGUCCAUGAAGAGAAUACAACCAUUGAAGAAUUGGAGGCUUUGGGAGAAUCUUUAGGACAGGGUGAUGAUCAUAAAGACAUGGACAUCAUAACCAAAUUCUUGAAGUUCCUUCUUGGAGUCUGGGCUAAGGAGCUGAAUGCUCGAGAAGAUUAUUUGAAACGUGGUGUACAGGGAAAGCUGAACAGUGCCACGCAGAAGCAGACGGAAUCAUAUCUGAGGCCUCUGUUCAGAAAACUGCGGAAAAGGACCCUUCCUGCAGACAUCAAGGAAUCAAUAACUGAUAUUAUCAAGUUUAUGCUACAAAGAGAGUAUGUGAAGGCUAAUGAUGCUUAUCUUCAGAUGGCCAUAGGAAAUGCCCCUUGGCCUAUUGGUGUCACCAUGGUUGGCAUCCAUGCCCGAACUGGUCGAGAGAAGAUUUUCUCAAAGCAUGUGGCUCAUGUUCUAAAUGAUGAAACCCAGAGGAAAUACAUCCAAGGUUUGAAGAGGCUCAUGACAAUUUGUCAAAAACACUUCCCUACAGACCCCUCCAAAUGUGUGGAGUACAAUGCAUUGUGACCAUUGGUUUCUGCUCUUGGGUACCUGGACUGUGAGAGAAGAGAACACUCGUUACGAGAACUUUAUAUUUAGGACUUGGAGUGGGUGGGAUGUGAGGAGAAAAGCAAGCCAUUUCAUUGGGGCUCAUUUGAACAGGUUGCAAUCAUUUGUGCUUUGAAGAACCUGCAGAUUAUCUUGUACUGUUGAGGGAAAAUACAUUUCCAAGAAUGGGACCCAAUUGCCAUAUGUGAACGAGCAGCUUUCUGGGACAUGCAGCUUGUGUGAGUCCCCAAGCAGAUAAAGUAGGAAAGGGAUAGUUUCAUUCAACAUGUCAGCCUUGGAAUAUGCCUCAAGAGAUACAAAUACAUCAGGAUAAGACAGGCUUAAGCUCUGGUUUAAGUUGGUCCUUCCAGGUUGUGCAACGGCAAGGCUAAGUGGGAGCCAGUGGGCUGUGCACAUGAGCUCACUACUCCUGUGUGUUGUGCUUUGUUAAGCCAGAAUUGCUGGUUUGCUCUAAUGUGUGAAUGAGGUGCUGUGAAAUGUCUCAUCUUUGAUAUUUGUUUUAGCCCCUCCUUUUUUUAAAGCUAAACUUGUUUUUAUAGCUUAUCACUUCAAUCACACCUUUGCUAGGAUCAGCCAUAUUUCCAAAAUCUGCCAUGUGAGCAUUUGGGUGUACACAACUAGACCAGUGUGGUGUUUUACUGUGCUUUACUGGUGUAAACUUUCCUAAUUUAUAAAAUGUUGCCUUACUGUU